AGCCCCGCCGCCACCUCCCCGUCCGCGGGGGCGGGCGCCGGGGGAGGCGGCGGCAGCGACAGCGGCGGCGGCGGCGGCGGCUGGACCAAGCAGGUCACCUGCAGGUAUUUCAUGCAUGGGGUUUGUAAGGAAGGAGAUAACUGUCGUUAUUCACACGACCUCUCUGACAGUCCGUACGGUGUAGUGUGCAAGUAUUUUCAGCGAGGAUAUUGUAUUUACGGAGACCGCUGCAGAUAUGAACACAGCAAACCAUUGAAGCAGGAAGAAGUGACCGCUACAGAUCUAACUGCAAAACCAACUCUUGCUGCUUCCUCAAGUCUCUCAUCAGUAGUCGGACCAGUCGCUGAAAUGAAUACGGGUGAAGCCGAGACAAGGAAUGCCAACUUUGCCGCUCUAGGAGUGGGUUCGGAGGACUGGGUGAAUGCCAUUGAGUUCGUUCCUGGGCAGCCGUACUGUGGCCGGACUGCCCCUUCCUGCACCGAAGCGCCCCUGCAGGGCUCAGUGACCAAGGAGGAAGCUGAGAAGGAGCCCUCUGCAGUGGAGACCAAGAAACAGCUGUGCCCUUACGCAGCUGUGGGCGAGUGCCGCUAUGGGGAGAACUGUGUGUACCUCCACGGAGACUCCUGUGACAUGUGUGGUCUGCAGGUCCUGCACCCCAUGGAUGCUGCCCAGAGGUCACAGCACAUCAAAUCUUGCAUUGAGGCCCAUGAGAAAGACAUGGAGCUCUCAUUUGCUGUCCAGCGCAGUAAGGACAUGGUGUGUGGGAUCUGCAUGGAGGUGGUCUAUGAGAAAGCCAACCCCAGUGAGCGCCGCUUUGGGAUUCUUUCCAACUGCAACCACACCUACUGUCUCAAGUGCAUUCGCAAGUGGAGGAGUGCGAAGCAAUUUGAGAGCAAGAUCAUAAAGUCCUGCCCAGAAUGCCGGAUCACAUCUAACUUUGUCAUUCCAAGUGAGUACUGGGUGGAGGAGAAAGAAGAGAAGCAGAAACUCAUUCAGAAAUACAAGGAGGCAAUGAGCAACAAGGCGUGCAGGUAUUUUGAUGAAGGACGCGGGAGCUGUCCAUUUGGAGGGAACUGUUUUUACAAGCAUGCCUACCCUGAUGGCCGUAGAGAGGAGCCACAGAGACAGAAAGUGGGAACAUCAAGCAGAUACCGGGCCCAACGAAGGAACCACUUCUGGGAGCUCAUUGAGGAAAGAGAGAGCAGCAACCCCUUUGACCACGACGAAGAGGAGGUUGUCACCUUUGAGCUGGGCGAGAUGUUGCUUAUGCUUUUGGCUGCAGGUGGGGACGACGACCUGACAGACUCGGAAGACGAGUGGGACUUAUUUCAUGACGAGCUGGAAGAUUUUUAUGACUUGGAUCUAUAGCAGCUUGGCCUGGCCGCGUGCCCCGGGCUCGCUGAGCCCCAGACAGUAGCCGUCCCUGUGCUGGUGUGGCAGUGCCCGUGGUCCUCUCCUAGGCAGGCCUCGAAACUCCAGGUGCUGUCGUGAUCCUCCUACCCAGGGCCUGUCUUCUCGACCCCCCACCUUUCCCCCAAGGAGUGUGUUGUUUUCUCUGUUCAAAAAAAGUUUCAAAAACCAAUCUUAAAGUUAGUUUGUGGUUUUUUUGUUUUGUUUUGUUUUUUCUUUUUGUUUUUGGUAAUGGUUUUGAUUGUCAGACAGUUAGUGUAGGUUUGUUGCCAGAUUCAGUCUAGGGGAAUGUGUGUGGAAUUACUACACUCUUGGUGAGGACCUCAGGUUCAGGUAAUGGCUGCGGCCUCUGGGCACGGGGUGGGUUGGUGAAAGGAUCUGAACUGGCAAGAAGUUUUCAGCUCCAGACUUCAGGGCUGUCUUCUUGAGGCUUUGGUCAAAUCUGCACAUCUGUAUUUUGGUUUUUUUGAUCUGUUCUACCCUGCCACCCCUACCCUGUGCACUCGAUCUGUGGUUUGGGUCUCUUGUUCAGUUGCACACAAGGAAUAAAUACUACUGGGUAAUCAGAACCAAGUGUGAAGGUCUUGGGAGUUUCACUAUGUGGAGCACGAUGGGAAGUUGAGAGGACACAAGGGCUAGGUUUUGGCCUUGGGUGCAGGCAGAACUGGACGGGAUACCUCCCAUCCCUCCCCAAGGCUGCUGAACCAGCAGGCACACCCAGGUAGUCCGCUUCUCACUCUGCAGAGAUGCAGUGUUCUUUAGCGGGGAAAACUUGGCCAUUCUGGUUCUGUCCAGGGUUGGAAAGUAGGAGAGGACCAGCAGUUGUGGAUUCUAGUUGUUUUAGAGCAGUGCCAGCUCUGUUGAUGUAAAUAGAGAAACGGGUGUAGCCAUAGAGGUGAGCGCUGUCUGGUUAGCCCAUAUAUUAACACAAACUGGGUCUUGGAUACACAGUUAUAUUUAAUGUUUUCUGCUCCCUUAGCCUUUCCAGUCUGGGCACUUUUUGAUGAACUUUGUCCUCGUUCGAGGGGUUUUGUUGUCGGGUUUUUGUGUUUGUUUCUGUGGGUAUUUGCCUCUUUCCAUCCCCGAGCUUUGCGGGUAGACAGAUGUGAUUCCAAGCUACGUCCCGAGGUGUUUCUUGUAGUGGAGUCAUUGGUUUGCAGUAAUAACGUCCUGCUUUUCCACUAAAAGGGGGGGGUUGGUCAUUCACAAGACAAGCUAAAAUCCAGUUAUUAGAAUUCCUGAAAGGGAAGUUUUAGCUUUGCGUUGUGUUGCUCUAUUUCCUAAAAAUAACUCGGAGAUGCUCCUCAUUUGUCCAUCUGCUGCUCUGAUUCCUUGAUCCCACCUGUUCACUUUAAGAAAACAAGGAAUUGUUGCAGAGGUCUCUGUAUUUUGCAGCUGCCCUUUUGUAAGAAGCACUUUUCCCAAAUAAAACAAUAAAAACAAA